AUGUGAACAUUGUAAAAAUGUCAGGAAUAUGUCGAAAAUGAUGUAUUCAUUUUUGUGGAUUUUUAGAACUUUAGAUAUAAUGCAGAUGAAUUCUAUUAAAAUGGUCUAAAACGUAAUUAGUCUAAGAAUAUAAUUGGAAAGAGGUAGACAGUGAUUUCAGUGUGCUAAAGUCAUAAGACUUGUGUCAUCUGUCUACUCUUCCUUCAAGAUGGCUCCUCCACCGGAGUAUGAUAAGGAACCGAAAGCCCCGGAUAAAAGUGUCACAAUUAAUUUAACCGAAGAUUCAAAAUUAGUGUACAACCAUAUAAAGGAUCAAUCUGCAAAUACGGAACACAAGACUGCGAGUGCGGGUUUCAACGUUGAUGUGGAGAACAAUAAACACGUGGAGAUCCUCGACGACGUACAGCUUCGCGCUUUGCUCGAUGAGGCUAUCACAUACAAAUGUCCCAAGGACCGCGAGGGCAAGAGUAGUCUAUUUAAGGAAUUAUUGGAAGAAGUUGAACAAGACGAGCAAGCGUGCGAGGCGGCGGCGCGAUUGGGCGCGGGCAGAAACGCAAGACGCGGCCGCGCCCGUCGCGAACAUCACUCUAGUCUACAGGACCUCGUAGCGGCGAUGGCGGGUGAGGCGGCCCCGAGGCGCGGGCGAGCGCACGCGCACUCGCACGCGCCCGCACCACCUGCCGGCAAUGUGUCGGCGCGCGCGCUACACGGCGGCAGUCUGCCCUCCGGCGUUGACACCUCGUUUUUGCUUGGCGAGGAGUCGGGUGUGGGCGUCGGUGGCUCGCGCGGUGGGUAUUUAGCGACCGUUCGGUGUGUGAACCCGCCGCCGCUGGCCGAACGCCGCGUGUCCACCGGCGACGCCAAUCCGCCGCAGCAGCAGUCGCAAUCGCAGCCCGUACAGGAACUCGACGUGCUCACCAGAAGGAGCAAGCCUAUGUUCCCGAUGACAUACACAGCGCGCGCUACUCUCGAGAUUGGCAGCGGCAGCGUGUGCUCGGGCCGCGCGGUCACUACCACCACCGCCUCCAACCAGGUGCGUACCGCUCCCUCCGACCCCCGAACACGCAACACACCCAAACACCUUUCCAACCAAGCCAAGCUCAUGAACGCCCUGUAUGUUCCUAUGAAGACGGCUCCGGUAGGCGGUGGUGCCACUGGAGGAUUGAUCAAUGAACAUCGCGUUCGAUCUCGUCGCAAGCACGAAGUCAGUACGGGUGGACCGCGCGGCCCGGCCUCGACUAUCAGAAAACAGUCUGAAAACUCGAACCAAAACAAAACCGAAGAAAAUAAUUCCAAUCAAAAUAAUACCAUUUGGGUCAAUACUAUUAAUAAUUGGUAUGAAAGCUUAGACCGUUAUUCAUAUCUAGCAACUACAAUAAGUGAAAAUGCAAACAAUGUCGUAAAAGAGAUGAUAGGAUUCAAUAAGAAUUUAUCUUCACAGUGUAAUAUUAAUAUUUUUGAUAAUAACAUCCAAAAUUUUAAAUCUACAGUUACCACACAUCCAACUAAUUGUAAUAGUAUAGUAGUUAAAAGUAUUAAAACGUGCAAAAGUAAUAAAUUUAAUAGCACUGUCGGUUAUAAAAGAUUAUCGUUGAAAGAUACAUCUAUAGAUAUAGAUAAAGUAAAAUGUGAUAAUAAUGAAGAUAAAGUAGAUGAUCUUAAAGAUAACGAAAGUGAUAUUAGCUUAAGAAGACAAUACAGAGAAAGAGUAGGAUAUAAUUUGGUUGCACCUGCCAAGUUAAUAGAAAGUCCAAGAAAUAUUAGAAGUUUAACCGUAGGAAAAUCGCAGUGCAUAACUAAUGAGAGAAACAAGCGUGAAAAAAAAUGUAUUAAAGAAUUACCUAAAAAUACCAAAAAAUAUAUCAAUGAAAAAAGGUUAAACAAAGUUAAUCCUAAAUUGAAUUCUAAGAAAACUGUUCAAAUCAGUAAUCUCGGUAAAGACUCAUUGCCUCCUGAAUUUGAAACACCAAGCUCAUCCGCUGGAGUUGUCGAAGAUGAUUGUAGCUUAAAUGUUGAAAUUACAAAUAAGUCAGAUGCAGUAAAAAAAUCUGAAACGAUAACAGAGUUUGAACUGGAUGAUUUUUCUUUUAAUUCUAAAGCUACAGAUGAGUCAAGUUCAUUUGUUAAAUAUGUUGCAAAGCAGAAAGAACUUAUUAAAAAAAUGGAAAUAAAUAAUAACGAGGAUGAUCCAACUAGUCCUCGUAUAAAAAAGGAUAUUGCCAAUGAACAUUCCACACUGUGUACAGAAGAAGAAGCAGCUUGUAAAAUUAAGUUUUUAAAAGUUGAUAAGAAAAAGAAAACUGUAACAAAUGAAUCUCAGAUGGACAUAGUACAAGUUACUACACAAUCGAAAAAUGAUGCUAGUAACACCUCGAGCAACCAGUUGGUGAUGGCUGACCUUCCAAAUAACGCUUACAUCCUUCUAACAUUCCCUCAAAGCUUUCUUAAAAACCCCUAUACAACAAAUGAACCAUCUAAAGUAAAAGAGAUUGUUAGUGAGAUUAACUCUACUAACGCGGCCAUAGAUUGCAAUGAAAAUAAACCAAUUAAAAAGAAAAAAAAUAAACCUAAACAACCAGUAGCUAGUGAUAAUGUGAAAAAGGAAGGCAUGAACAAAAAAGCCCUCAAAAUGCUGCUUUAUAGUGACAGUCCAGAAAAAACAAACUGUAUAAAAAAGAAAUUGUCUUCUUACAAGGAUAACGAGGUGGAUUCUGCCAUACCCUUUAGUUGCAUCACAACACCAGAGGUUGUGGCCAGUUGCAACACGACCUCCUCUACCUCCCAAUCAGCGGUCGCUGUCGAUCCCAAGCCGCUGCAGCUGGUGUCGAGUUACCGUGCCGUGGCGUGUCUCAUGGACGGCGCUUUCCCCCCGCGCCCGCCCUCACCGCCGCCUCCGAACGCGCUGCCUGCGGCCCUGGCACACCCCACCUCGCCCGUGCAACAGCCCCGUGGCGUGAUUUCGAGCAGUUUCAACGGACUGCCGCUGUCGCGACCGUCCGCCUCCGACGAGUACAAGAAAUCUCUCGAUGAAAACGGCAAUGCGGUACAAGGAUUCGGUUCGCCCCUCUCGGGCUCCAGUCAGCAAAAGAAACCGAGGAGAAAGAAGUCAUCGAAAAACGAGACCGUCAUCAAAUCGCAUCAGAUUGACGGCUACCAGGGCAACAAAGAUAUCAACGAGGUGCUGCGCUUUAUCGAGUCCAACGCCGAGGGGGCGCGCGCGCCCAAGCUCCGCGCCAAGCACAAGGACGAUAGCGACGACAAGGCGGGCAAGAAGCGCUCCACCGAGCGCCGCAAGGACAAGGAGAGCAAGCCCAAGCGCGCCUCCUCGCUCGAGGAGCUGUCGCGCACCAAGCUCGAGGACCUCACCGACAAGCAGCCGCGCGCGCCGCCCGCCAAGCCGGAGCGGCGCUCCUGGGGCGAGGACGCGCGCUCGCUGCUCGAGCCAGACCCGCCUCCCGAGCUCGCCGACUUCCAGACCGUCACCAAGAAGCGCAAGCCGCGGCGCCGCGCCGACGACGCCGAACGCGCGCCAUCGCCGCCGCGACGCGCGCGCGCACCCUCGCCCACGCGCGCGCCCGCCUCCGCGCCCGCGUCUGACCGCAGCAACGACUCCAACGACGACACCGAUUGCGCGCACUCGCCGCCUCCGCCCGCGCCCCCCGCACCGCCGCCUGCCGUCUGCGCCUCCUACGCGGACAUCGCGCGCACGCGCCAUAACAUCCCCGACCUCAUCGAGUCGUGUAACUUCUACAGCGAGGGCGACGACCAGCCGCCCGCGCACGCCACCGCGCCCGACGACGCCGACCAGUACCCGGCGCUGGCGACGCGGCGGGCGCCCGACAAACCGCCGGAGCCCGACCCGCGGCCGCCGCGCAAGCAGUCACCCGCCACGCCCGCGCCCGACGUCGUGGCGGACCGGCGCCCGCCCGUCGUGCUGCUGGCGGCGGGCGCGCGGCCGCGGGACAUGGACGGCGUCACGUUCGGCUUCGACAUCAACGAGCAGCUGCUGGGCGCGCGCUGCGACCUGCUGGAGCACGGCAGCGUGGCCGUGCGCGCGGGCUGCGCGGCGCUGCGCUACGUGCCGCCCGACCCGCCCGCCUCGCACAUGCUGCACCAGAUCGUCGACUACGUGGCCACAGCCUGGGAAGACGUGAUGCGAGGCGGAGGCAAGGUGCACUACUUCAGCGAGUGCGUGGCACGCAACAACUAAUCGCUAUUGACGAUGUCGAUGAUAGAUGCUUUCAAAGUGAAAUAUCGAGUGUAGUUUCGAUUCGAAUACUGUAUAAGUGAGAAGCUACGUCAAAGUGUGCUAGAUUUAUUGUGUUACGGCGCUGGCAGAGUUGGUGUGCAUAAACAAGUGACAAACUCCUAACUAGAGAUUGAGUGUAAUGUGUGGAAACCGACAAACAGUAAUAGUGUAAUUUGCACGGCGCUCGUGCUCGUGCGCAUCUACCCAAAAGAUACAAAGGGAGACUAUUAACGCUAAAAUCGAUUUCUUUACGCUUUGUAUAUAAGAUAGAUGGUCUAAAGCAUUUAAUU